AAUCUAUGGAGACGUCAUAAUGCACGGUGUUUCUCCAGCAGCACCAGUAUUCUUAUCUGUGUUUACGUUGAUUCAGAGCACAGUCGAAGCGCUUCAGGUGAUUGGAGGAAACGUCACCGUUGUGCAAGGAGGGACUGCCAACUUUCCCUGCCAACUUAUCGGCGCUACAGAAACACUCAACCAAAUUUCCUGGCAGAAGAAGACCAGAGAAAAACCUCAGAACAAUAACUUCUUUACAAUCUUGAAGACAGGACCACAGUUUGUCAAUGGAAAUGGAGAUGAUGGCCGUUUUAAAUUUAUUGGGGACUUAAAAGCCAAGAAUGGAUCCCUGCAGUUAUUUGGAGUCACAUUGAUGGAUGAAGGCACCUACACCUGCAUCUUCACGCUGUUUCCCAGCGGAAUUCACAAGACUGAGAUACCUCUAAAUGUGCUUGUGCCUCCGGUGACAAUCCUGAAGGAUGAUCAUCCUAUUUUGGGUAAUGAAGAGGUUUCUCUUGUUACCUGCACGGCUGCUGGUUCAAAGCCUCCUGCAGCAAUAAGCUGGCUCACUGAUGCUCUGGCAGGAAAAGUGAGAGAAUCAACCACCUCCACCCUGAAUGCUAACAGUACUACAACCACAAUCAGCUCGCUGCUUGGAGUACCUACCAGAGAAUUAGACGGUCAAUUGGUCAAGUGUGUCAUCACCAGUGCAGCCAUGAAGAUGGAAGAAACCCUGCCCUUCACCAUACAGGUCUACUUUCCACCGAUGGAAGUGACCAUUCUUGAGACUUCUGAAGGCUCCUUUAUAUGUGAGGCUGAAGCAAAUCCACCUGCAAACAUCACCUGGAGCAGUAAGUUGUUGCCAAGCUGCAAGGCGAUACGUUGAUGUAUUUUAUUUCCCCAUGUCAUUUAAAUACCAAAAAUGCUUGUCGUUGUUUUAAAUCGUGUGAAAACGAGUUAACC